AUGGUGCCCUUCUGUACACCUCUCAGUGGUUUUGCUAAAGUUACAUAUAUGUAUGGAAUUAUUAAAGCUGGUAAUGCUGAUGCAGUAUCAUUAACCACAUGGAUAAUUUCUGUUGCAACAAAUAUGUCUCGUCUGUUCACUGUAUAUGUUGAUUCUGCAGAUGUGAAGCUCAUGAUAAACUUCUUGGUGUCAACAUUAUUGAGUACUGGAGUUCUAGUCACAGCUUUAUUGUAUCAAUAUCAAUUGCUACCCAAAUUCCAGUGUGGAAAGUUGUCAAGAAAAUAUCAUAAACAUGAUGAU